AUGAAUACUUUUAAUACUAUUUCAUAUUAUAAUUACCGGAACAAAUUUUCAUUUGAUACAUUGUCUACUUGUGAUUCAUUAUGUCCUAGUAUAUGUUCUUCAUGUCCAGAGGUAAAAAAAUUCAAAUAUAAAAUACCAGAAGAGAAAGACUAUACAAUAAAACAAUCAAAAUAUAACUAUUCAAAUGGCUCAACUAUCAAAAUGUUUAACCAAAACAAUCAAAAACAAUUUAAAUAUGAAAAUAAAAAUGAUAAUAAAACUUUUUUUGGAAAAACAUGUUACAGUGAUUCAUAUAAAAAUCCUGGAAAAUUUGUACAAACAAUAUUAAUAAAUAAAAAUUGUAAAACUGAAAUAAUAAAUAAUAAGAAAAUCACAAAUAAUUGGGAUAUUGGUGAUAAAGAACUUUCAAGAACUGUAUAUCUUAAACCUAAAAAUAAGGCAUUAUUUCUUAAUACAAAAAGUAAUAUGGAUAAGAAAUUUUAUUAA